UGAGAAGAUUUGGCUGGUUUGAUCUAGCCUUCUUUGCUUCUGUCCUACAAGUAGCUAGAUGUUUGUUUGUAGCUCGACUCCCCGGCACCAGCAACCUGUAUAGUACUGUGUUGAAUCUCGCUCUGUUUUCAGUGUCUCAUGGUUUACUAGCUGUAACAUUACUUUGCCACCUCCGGUUAUGACUGCGAGACGAGUAGAAGUCACGUCUGAUGCCUUCUAUGGCUGCGUGACACAUGCCUUGUCGACUGAGAUGGAAGAAGUAAUGGGACUUCUGGUUGGCGAUGUAGACAAUGAUCACGUGGUGCGAAUUUCAGUGAUCCUGCCGUUGCGCAGAAUGGACAAACGCAAGGACCGAGUUGAACCCAGCCCAGAACAGCUGUGUGCUGCUGCCGUGCAAGCCGAGGCCUGGGCCAUGGGGUCGUCAGGACGCCAACACCGAGUCAUAGGCUGGUAUCACUCUCAUCCGCACAUCACCUCCAUGCCGUCUCAUGUUGACUGCGGGACACAGUUUACCAUUCAGAGGAUGGAUAAGGACUUCAUAGGUAUAAUUAUAUCUUGCUUCCAUACAAAGACUCCAUCUGAGCCCUACCAUCGUGUCGCAAUGACGGAUGCUGUUGAUCGUGUUCAAGUGACCUGCUUUCAAGCAGCUGAGACUAGACAUGGGCAUGUGUCAUGUCAUGUACCUCUUGACAUUACACCGACAGCUGCACCCAGUCAGCUCCUGGCGGACCAACUAGUUCAAAUUCCUAAUCUUCUUUUUAAGGAGGAGCAAUCUUCUUUGGAAGCGUCACUAGCACAGACGGGAGAUAAGGAUGUCAUUGCUCUCUUGCAGAAUAUAUCCGUUUACACCCAAGCCCUUUGUUCAAUCAUGGACAUCUUUGCCAUCCCAAUGCUGCAUUCAUUACAGUCUUGCCUGAGUGAGUAUGAGCGGCGCAAGGUGAGCCUUCGCAAGGAGAAACAAGACCUGGAGAAGCGGCUGAAAGUCCUGCGCCGCACGAAAACGAUAACGGAAGUCUGACCAUUGGGUGCGUCAUUCUAAAUAUUAAAUUAUCAGUGCCUACCUCUGCUGUGCAGGGCUGCCCCACCGCAAGCGUAUGUCUGGAACAUAUUGAUCUGUUUUACUCCGCUCCCCACUAGCACUCCGUUGUUGAAAACAAUAUUCCUUUGCAUAGGCAUGGCCUUGAUUUGUGAUUGCCAGCAGUUUGUACAGUAUACAUAGACCAAUGCGCCGAUGCACUCUCGUUCGUUUGUACAAAAUUAGUGAACACUGUUUUUGUUUCCAUCUACGAUGAUGAUCUUCACCUUUAUCGAUGUUUCUAUACCUCCUUUAUAGAGACUAUAACUAUGUUGCCUCUAUCAGUCUAUAUCCUUGUCACUGUCAAUGUGGCAGCCUAUCUUGCAUGAACAUAGUCAGUGUUGGAGUGUCCACUGUGACUCUGUCAUACUUCAGAAGUAUAAAUACCCUGAUAAUGUAUAGGGUGUUGGCUGCUGGUAUGUUGUGUUCUCCCUCUAUUGUGUGCGCACAUACUGUCUCUUUUCAACACGCAUAACGUUACACGUGUCCCACGGAUGAACCUGUUCAUAAUGAGAACUGCGCCAAACUGCUCUCUCUCUCUCUCUCUCUCUCUCUCUCUCUCUCUCUCUCUCUCUCUCUCUCUCCCUCCCUCUCUCUCUCUCUCUCUCUCUCUCUCUCUCUCUCUCUCUCUCUCUCUCUCUCUCUCUCUCUCUCUCUCUCUCUCUCUCUCUCUCUCUUUCUCUCUCUCUUUCUCUCUCUCUUUCUCUCUCUCUCUCUCUCUCUCUCUCUCUCUCUCUCUCUCUCUCUCUCUCUCUCUCUCUCUCUCUCUCUCUCUCUCUCUCUCUCUCUCCCUUGAAUGCUCUUUCAGGUAUCAGUAUCUUGAAUGAAGUUAUUUGUUUUGAUAUACAUAUCACUUCAAUGUAUAGCCAUGAUCCUCUGCUACAGUUGUAAGGCCUAUGUUCGUAUUAGUUUUUUACUCUUCCUUCAAAUACUUACACGUUACAUGACUGUCCUGCAUGCUGAUAUUCUCGGUUCUAACUUUAAUUCUUGCCUGGUUGCAUGUCAUCCCCGUUGAGGAUGACUCAAGUAUUGCCUAA